GGAGAGAGCGAGAGAGAUGGAAACGGAGAGAGGCAUCAUCGUCCAACCCAUUAUCGCUGGACUCUCGCAAUAAAAUAAUAACCCAUUAAAGUUGCAGCGGAUGAGAAGGAAGAGAUAAAAAACGAAGAAGCAGAGAGAGAAAGUGAGAGAGACUGUGACUAGGAUCUGUAUACAGUCACAUGUGCCGGAGGAAGGGAGGAGUAGUAAUAGGAGAGUAGGGUUUGGCGCUUUUGCAGACCCCGGAAUUCUGAACGUUCAGGUGCUGCAACUGUUGGCGGAAAGAGAUGAGAGGCCGGUGGCUUGUCUGAGGAGGAGGAGCUGGAGUCGCGACCGCCCUUGUUGUUGCACUCGCAGUGCUACGCUGGCUAAAACAAGGAAGGUUUUUGGUGUUUGUUGGAGACACUGAGUUGGAGUGGGAAUAGCCCGAGUUCUGUUGCUGUUGUUGAAGUAGGAGUUGUUGUUGUUGGUGGUGGUGUUGUCGUUGUCGUUGCUGUUGUUAGCUUGUAUGAGAGAGCUCAGCGGCGAUGAUGUUCACGAGGACUCAAGUGAUGCGAGGGCCAGGGCAGAAAGCAUCGUGGGGCACCACCUUGCUGCUGGGCUUGUUUCUAGUCGUGGGCACCACCGCCUGGCUUACAUUGGUGUUCUCCUCGCAUAGGUCCCCUUGCAUUGCAGACACGCACAUGAACCCCGCACCCCCAACCAAUUUCUGGUCGCCGUAUAAGAGCCUCCUCAACGAAGCCACUGCCUCAGGUGCCCCUUACAUUCUCCCCAGCGAUCCCAAAAACCGACUGGCCAUCAACCAGAUUGUAUUUGGGAUUGCUGGCGCUGCCGAGCUAUGGGACCGACGCAAAGAGUUCGUGAAGCUUUGGUGGCGCCGCGAGGAGAUGCGGGGAUUUGUGUGGCUGGAGCAGGCAGCGAAGGUUCCAGCCGGUGAAAAUCUCCCUCCCGUACAUGUCUCGGAAGACACCAGUACCUUCACCUACACUCAUCCACUCGGAAAUCCCUCAGGAAUUCGUUUGUCUCGAAUAGUCUGUGAGGCUUUCCGUCUUAGACUCCCGGGCGUGAAGUGGUUUGUCAUGGGUGACGACGACACUUUGUUUAACACAGCGAACCUUGUCCGUGUUUUGAGCAAGUACGACGCGUCGGAGAUGUGGUACAUCGGCAGUAACUCCGAGAGUCACCGGCAGAACGAUUGUUUUAGUCACAAUAUGGCUUAUGGAGGCGGAGGUUUUGCAAUCAGCUAUCCUCUGGCCGAGGCACUCACCGCAAUGCAGGACCAGUGUUUAGAGCGAUAUCCUUCACUGGUUGGAAGUGACGAUCGAUUACAUGCUUGCAUUACUGAACUUGGCGUCCCUUUGACCAAAGAACCAGGGUUUCACCAGUUCGAUAUUUUCGGCAACGCGCAUGGCCUACUUGCGUCUCAUCCAUUGACUCCCUUCAUCUCUAUCCAUCAUUUGGAGCUUUUGGAUCCGGUCUUCCCUAAUAUGUCAGCCCUAGACGGACUGAAAUUGCUGACUAAAGCCAUGCACACGGAUCCUGGGAGUUUCUUGCAGCAAUCAAUUGCGUACGACCACAAACGCAGCUUGUCAUUCUCAAUAUCGACGGGGUACGUCGUUCAGGUUUUCCCAGAAAUUAUCCUACCUCGAUUGUUGACUCGGGUUGAGACUACCUUCACUGCGUGGAACAAAGGCAACUCAUCUCUUGAGUUUGCAUUUGACACCAGACCGCCUGCUAAAUCAAUAUGCAAAAAACCAUACUUGUUUUAUUUAGCGGAGAUGUACCAUGACCCUGUCACGUCACGCGUUGUUACUUUGUAUAAGAGACUUCACAGUGUUGAUGAGGAAAAGACCAGGAACUUUUGCUGGUUCAAGGGGUUCCCUCCAUCACAAGUCCAAAGCAUACGAGUCAAGAGCGAACCAGUCUCCAACAAGUUUUUCAUGUUACCAAGGAGACAAUGCGCCAAGCUUUUGGAAACAAGAAACCACGUGUUGGACAUCGAAGUCGUCACUUGCGGACAAAGAGAGCUGAUCAGUGAUUAAACGAUGAGGCCAAUGCACAGCUCGAACUCUGCCUCUGUUUAUGCGCUUCCACUCGUUCGCUCCGCGGUGGUCGUUUUUCAUUCCGCGGCGGGCUUCAGGUGUGCGAGUGUAAAACUGUCCCCCCUGUCUCACUGCAGCGUCGAAGAAUUUCGACAUCUAAGUGGUGUGAGUAUCACCGAAAGAUCUGAGCAGCGAAGCAUGAAUGUUCCACGAACCAGUCAAGCCCCUCAAGUCCAGCGUUUCACAGAAUCGAUGGAGCUGCACCCUUCCUGGUUAUGAGAAUAUGUUUAGUUAGACGAAAACCAAAAGGCCGUGAUCAGAGACUAAUGCACAGUGAAAAACCAGUCUGCAGAGUGGGGUUCAAAGGCCAUUGCCCAAUUCCUUAGUCACCGUUUUUUGAGGCACCCAAUUGUUUCAGUUGGACAGUCAUGGAAGCCAACUGUCUAACUUGUACCAAGAAACACAAUGUAUUUUUCUAGUCGUAAUUGUUGCUUGCAUCCUUUCAAGUAGAGAUGCAUUUGUGGCA